ACAUCAAAGUGCUAAAAACUAAACAUAGCAACCUCGGAAACGACAACAACGGACAACUCAUGUUGGCCUAACACACCGUGCUCCCUCUAUAAAAGAACCAUAUCUCUUACGCUCUCUGCAUUUCAUUGCCAAGAGCCACACUAGUUUUACAAAGUGCCAUCUCUCAUCUCCUCUUCCUCGUUCUAGCAGUGCCCUUCAGUUUCAGAUGGGAACAACUGGGUGAACGUUCCCGAUCUGAUUCGAGUUGGGCUACAAAAACCGUACAAUGGAGGCGGAGAGGAUGAGGCAAUUGAUGUUACUAUGGUGUAGAAUGCGAAGCAACCGUAUGGCUCUUGUGGGUGCAAACCAUACCGCUGCCAGGUUUUGCAGUCGCUAAAAGUUCCCUCCCUUCCAGAUCGCUGGCUUUGUUUUACCUUCCUAAUCUUAAUUUCUUCGCUUUUGUGCAUCUGGGUCAUCUUGUUUUUCGCCAAUUGAGCCAAUCUCGAUCUCGGUUCGCGCGCUCGUUCUUGGUGUUUCUGAAAAGGUUCUCGCUCGGUUCCAAGAAUCAAUGGAAUUAGAUCGUGGGUGUGAAGCCAACAAGGGGAGCAAAAUGAAGAAUAAUAAUUUGCAUGAUGGGACAAUUGCUCUGAAUCACGAAACUGUUCUUGUUAUCAGGCUUCCCGGUGCUCAAGUUUUGCGCAUUUUGUCUCGGUCCCUAUUUUUGGCCAUCGUUCUUGCCGCGUUGCCUUUCUUGGGAACCUUUCUUAAAGAAUUCUCAUCAAGUUCCCAUUCAUUUGUUCCUGCUGCAUCUAGUUGUGUCAGUGUGGAGAUGUUGAAUUCAAUUCUCCAUGAUUUGGCUGAUCAAGGCCUCUUCAAAAAGGAUGAUAAGGUUCUCUUAGUGAACCCUCCCAAUGGCUUUAUUACGGGUCCCAAUACUCCUCCGUUCAAUAACAACGAGAUUGAUAUGGUUAUUGACUCUGAUUUGAGGAGAAAGAUCUUGUUCCCUGACGGCUAUUAUGAUUUUGUGUUCAUGUCUAGCUCUAUUGAUGCUGAGUUUGUUGAUCGCAUUUUGAAAAUUAAUGGCAUUGUAGUUCUCCCGUUGGGCGUUAAAUCAUCAAAUUCUGCUUUCAGAAAGCAAUCUAAUUAUAGAGUUGUUUACAUUAGGCGAUAUGAUUCUAUUAUUGUUGCAUUGAAGAAAACUGGCCCUGCCGUUAGGUUGGUGGAUAAUUCUUCUCCAAGGAGGAAGCUUUGCCAAUUGAUGAUGGACACCAAGAAAGUGGCGUUGAAGGGUCUUGAAGAUGUGCUCUUGGAGCCACCUACAAAGGAUUUUGUAAAAUCAAAGUACUUGAAGAAGAUCAAGUAUCUACCCGACUUGUUAGGUGAUUCUCUUCAAGGUUACAAUAGAAGACUCUUCAUAGGUGUAGGCUUGGCUGAGGAAAACAAGGGUGUGGUACAAUGGUUCCAGAAGAACUACCCAAAGAAGAACACAAAAUUUGAAAUUCACAACCUCGUGGUUCCACCAGAAGACAGUGUUAUGCCCCAUACAGAUGUUUCUGCUUGGUUAUCUAAGCAUGUGAAGGAAGAAGAGUAUGUUGUAAUGAAAGCAGAAGCAGAGGUAGUGGAGAAGAUGAUAAAGGAAAGGACAAUCUAUUUGGUGGAUGAACUUUUCCUAGAGUGUAAAUAUGAAUGGUGGGAGAUGGGGAAGAGAAAGAAAAAUGGUAGAGCAUAUUGGGAGUGCUUAGCUUUGUAUGGAUUGGUUAAGGAUAAGGGAGUUGCAGUACAUCAAUGGUGGGGUUGAUUGGAGCUUUCAAUUAGGUAUAACCUGCUUUGGUUGUGUGUUACAUGGGCUUCUUUCUAUUGUUUCGGUGAUUGGUUUGUAUCCAUGUUUGAAUUUGCACCUUAAAAGAUCUUCGUGUGCCAUGAGUGGUGCAUGCUUGUAUUCAUUUUCCAUGGUACUAGUUAGUGCUACGAAUAAAAAGGCUUUUU